AUGCCUCCCAUCAACUACUCCAAAUGGGACUCACUCGAGCUCUCGGACGAUUCGGACAUUGAAGGCCACCCGAACAUCGACAAACGGUCCCUCAUAGAAUGGAAGCGAGACCGGAUUCACAAGGAGCGCAAGGAGCGCAAGGAGAAGCUCGCCGAGAACAAGGCCGCCAUCGCCCGCCAUGCAGUACUCAGCAAACGUCUGGAGCGGAUGGCCACCGAUGUUCAAACCCAUGGGUUUGAGUCAUUCCUCGCUAUUGCACACAAGCCCGCCACAGGAGACGCCUCCACCGUGUCAGGAAAAGACGACGAACUGCUCUCUUCCAUUGUGCAGGAAGUUUUGGAGGUGGCCAAGAAGAAGCACGCCGAGAAGAGUGGCUGCGACCUUCGGGAGGUCGUCGUCGCCGGACUGAGGGCGCAACUUGUCAAGUCCAACAAGGAGAUGGCGGAGCUGAAGAAAGAGGUGGACCAGGAAGAGGCGAAGCGGAGGAAGAAGAUUACCUCUGAACAGAUCCACGAUGGAUACGAGUCGCGGUACAUGCCUCCAAUCCCCGACCCUCCUCCCCUCAGGAGCUCCAGAGCAACCAGGAAAGCCCCGAAAACUCCCGCAAGCCAAUUCGAGACUCUCCAUGCCGGAAGCCCUACACCGCUCCCAACUGGAAUGCUCUCGGAAGUCACCGACAAGCCCGACCAGAAACCGUUCACCGCCGAGCUCACACCCUCGCUCAAAGAGUUCUGCCGUCUCCCCGUGCUCGACUUUGACAAGAUAUGGGAGUUCCUCCAGGCUCACCGGGACGUCUACGUCCCAGGAGCAGCCAACGCGCUGCUCGCCGCCGCGUUCGAGGCGCAGUGCCGGGGCGACACCGCGAUCGCGUAUCAGUGCACCCACCACAGCAUUCUCCUGCGCUUCUGCGAGUCGCUCGGGAAGGACGGGCCUUCGGUGUUCUUCCGCAAGUUGAUCGCGGGCGACCGCGCGGCGCUCAACCUCCUGCAGAGCGACGUGCAGAACACGUACCAGUUCCUCGCCCAGCGCACGUCCGACUACCUCAACCGCCCCGCGAGCGACAACGAGCGGCUCGAGCUGUGCGCCGAGACGCCGGAUACGCAGCCGACGUUCCACGUCCCGCGCGGGCCGCCACCAGAGCACAUCGAGCUCACGGGUCCCGGCGCGGAGGAGGCGGACGUCGAGGCGUUCCGCGCGGAGCUGCAGGCGCAGUGGGAGAUCUUCGACGGUUUCGAGAAGCCGCUCAAGGACGCGCUUCGCGCGGAGGACCUCGGCGCUGUCAACCGCGUGCUGGCGACGUACCCGAUGCCGAAGGCGGAGGGGGUCGUGAAGGGGCUGGAGGAGGCGAUGAUCUUCUCCUUUGCGCCUUCACGCUCGGGGCGGAUGUAG